GCGGCUGUUAGCUGAAUGUGAUGAGAACGGCGAAGAAGAAGAUGGCUUCUGCUGCCACCAUCGCUGUGUUUCUGCUCUGUUGCUUCAUCACUGCCUCCACAGGCUCUCAGGAUGAUUGUGUGUACGCUGCAACAGGAUCAAGCUUUACUGUGUCACUUAGAUACAAGUUAAAGGAAUCAGAUAGGCUGAAAUGGUUCAAGGACGCAAGGGUAGUCUUUUAUCGCAGAGGGAAACAGGUGAUCUUAGGGAAAAAUAAUGAUGUUGAUUCAACUGGAUCACUAAAGCUGACACAACUCACCAAAGACAUGUCAGGACGAUACAGACCAGAGGUUACCAAUGAAGAUGGAAUAAAUGUGGGAAAUCUACCAAGCAUGCAUUUGUGUGUAUUAGACCGUGUGCAGAAGCCCAAAGUGACAAUGACAUGUACAGGCGAUAAGACAAAAGUCAGUUUUACUUGCAGUGUUGGUCAGAAUGACAAGAUUCAAUGGUUUAUGGAUGGUAAACAGUUGGCAGAAAAAGGGAAGACGGUGAUGAGAGUAGCCAAAGACGUGGCAAACGCCCAUUUCUCUUGCAAUGUUUCUAACCCCGUCAGCUCUGAGAUCAGUCUGCCUGUUCAACAAAUCUGCUAUAAGCCCAUUUUCUCUGAAACAAUAUUUGGAAUUAGCAUCUGGGUUUUAGUGGGUGGUGGAGCAGGUAUUGUUCUGAUGUUGAUCCUAAUUGUCAUCGUUUGUUGUAUCCGGAUCAGACGAAAAAAGCAUGUGCGAUUAAACGAUGAAAGGGAGCUUUAUUUGCAGUGGAGCAAUCAAGAACAGGAACAGCCUGAUUAUUAUGACCACCGCUACCUGCAGCAACUACCUGGCAAUACCAGCAAUAUGGCUGAAAACAGCAACUCGCCGAGCAACAUCCCGAAACCUGGCAUCUGUACACACUGUGGUCUGAAGAGAGACGGCUUGAAAUAAUACAAUCCCCAUCAUCCAGCCUCAGUGUUAAAGUCAUUUAUGCUUUUCAGCUUCGUGUUAAAUGGAUAAACUGGCUGCACACAACAAAUUGGCAGAUUAAAGGAAAUGACCUCAAAUACACAGUCUGAAUAAAUAAUAAUCAGCAUGUGGUUGACAUGAAGUGACUAAACCAGAUGUACAAACCUUAUUCUGAAAUACCAGCUGAUUAUCAAGAAUUUAUCGAACUAAAACACCAUCAAAACAUCUCCAGACUUUGUUGUUUUGUAAGUAGGUUAAAAAAAAUUUACCCAGAGAAAGUGGGACAUACAGGAAGUCAGACUGUUUACAUCUUCUGUAGUAACUCAGGCCGUACAAUGUGGUCGCCUUUGUAAAGAAUGACUGUUUAAUCUUUGUGUCAGUACAUUAAGAGCUUUCUGCUGUCUUUGCUCCUUGUUUUGAAGGAAAAUAUACUCUUCUCGAGGGGAAGGGUUCAUGCUGUAUAUUUACUGUGAGAGUGAAAGUUCAGGACUUGCUUAUUUUCAUGUUGUUUUUCUUCUUUCAGAUUUAAAGAUUACCACAACUGUGCACUGGACAAUAUAUUUGUUGCUGCUUCUGUACCACAUGCAGGACGUAUAUAAAAUCGAUAUAAUCAAAGUUCAGAUCAUGUGCAGAUGCUUGCAGUGAUUAAAAAGUGCACGUGGAAGUCAUAAAUCACAUUUAUAGUAGUAGAACGUGUGGGCCGACUCCCAAAACCCUUCCAGUGAUUCCCUUCACUGUAAAACAUCAAACUCCAGGUGUGAUGUGAAUUGUAAAAUGUCACAACUGUAUAUUUCUGGAUUUAUAAUUCAUUCAUUAUUACAGAGAGCUCUGCUGUUUAUGACACACAGUCUGACAUUGUGUCCAGUCAAAGACCCUCAUGAGGCUAUAUAUAAAUCUCCAGUAAGUUUUCCUCAACCUCACCAUUACCUCAGGCUGAUUCUCCAUCAGAGACGUGACGCUCUGGGUAUUUAAAGCCAAAAAAUAUAAAUUAGUCAGUAUUUUG